GUAGUUAUUUUCUUAUUCGACCAGAGAUGUUUUUAUCAUUUACUGCAUACACACAAAGCGAAAUUAUUUUGGGCAUGUACAGUGAAAGCAAGCAAGCUAAAUAAACAAUAAGGAAAUAUUUAAUUCUACUUUUUGCUAGCUAGCUAACUGCCGCUAGCUCAAACAUGUUGACAUAUUUUGCUAAAUAGCAGGUCUAUCAUAGAUUAUGUUGUCAAAUUAUGUUAUGUUGGCUAGUUCGCUAUGUAGGCUAGCAAUCCAUAAUAAUGCCUUCGUUCCAACCGAGUUGUUGCUGCAACGUUCGCUGAUUCACAUAACUUGAUUAAGACGAACUGUUGAUGAUUAAGGUAUGGAGAAAGAACAGCGCAACAUCGUAGCUAUCAACGCCUCCAAGAAGGAGCUGUUCACGGCCAAUAAUGGCUAUAAAUCGCUUCAGAAGAGACUAAGGGCGCAGUGGAAGAUUCAGAGCGUUAAAGAUGAGCUUUCCGUGGAGAAGCUUAAUGGUGUAAAACUGUGGAUCACCGCUGGGCCCAGAGAAAAAUUCACGGCUGCUGAGCUGGAAGUGUUGAAGCAGUACCUUGAUGGAGGAGGAGCUAUCCUGGUGAUGCUCGGUGAGGGAGGGGAGAUGAAGUACGACACCAACAUCAACUUCCUUCUUGAAGAGUUUGGCAUCAUGGUUAACAGUGAUGCUGUGGUGAGGAAUGUUUACUACAAAUAUUUCCAUCCAAAAGAAGCAUUAGUUUCCAAUGGUGUGUUAAACAGAGAGAUCAGCCGUGCUGCGGGCAAAGUGGUAACGGGAGUCAUUGAUGAUGAAAGUGCUGGGAACAAUGCACAGGCUUUGACCUUUGUGUACCCGUAUGGAGCAACCCUGAGCGUGAUCAAGCCUGCAGUGGCUGUACUGUCCACCGGCUCUGUGUGUUUCCCUCUCAACCGACCCGUCCUUGCCUUCUAUCAGGUCAAGGAGGGGGGGCGCCUGGCAGUGCUGGGUUCUUGCCACAUGUUCAGUGACCAGUAUCUGGACAAAGAAGAGAACAGCAAAAUAAUGGAUGUCGUCUUUCAGUGGCUUACGACGGAUAAUAUUCACCUGAACCAAAUAGAUGCAGAGGACCCUGAGAUCACAGACUACACCAUGCUACCAGAUACGGGUUGCCUCUCUGACCGGCUCCGAGUGUGUUUGCAGGAGAGGGAUGAGAACCCGCGAGACUUUACCUCUCUUUUUGAUACGUCGCUGCUCAAGCUGUCCACCGACUCAUUGCCUCAAGUCAUCAGCUCUUACAAGCAGCUGAAUGUCAAGCAUGAGCCACUGCAGCUGAUCCAGCCUCAGUUUGAGACACCACUACCUACAUUGCAGCCUGCAGUCUUUCAACCUGCAUUCAGGGACCUGCCCCCUCCCACACUUGACCUUUUCGACCUUGAUGAGACCUUCUCUUCUGAGAAAGUGAGGCUGGCACAGCUUUCCAACAAAUGCACUGACGAUGAUUUGGAGUUUUAUGUGAGGAAGUGCGGGGACAUCUUGGGCGUAACUGGGAAACUAGACAAGGAGCAGAGAAAUGCCAAACACAUCCUGGAGCACAUCUUCUUCCAGGUUGUGGAGUUCAAGAAACUCAAUCAGGAGCAUGACAUUGAUACAACAGAAGCUGGACUGUCUCCAUUCUAAAUAAAGCAAAGCAUUUCUUACCUUUCCAAUUGUAUAAAUGCGUUGACAAGGUUUGUACAUGGCAAAUCUAUUUGUGUGUAUAUAAACCAUGAGUACAUUGCACAUAUCAAAAUGUGCAAGAUUGCUCUUCAAAAUCUUGUUCGAAAUUGCUUAAUGACAGUUUUUAUAUAUUGUAACCCCCUUUGCAUUGGAAACCAUUAAUAUCACUUACUUUUUUAUGACACUUGUGAAUUUGUAAAUACUCUGAGUGAAAGGAGAAAUUUCUAUCCUUUUAAUGUCUCUUUACAAGUGAAUGUUUUGUCAUCAUGUUUAUGUUGAGUGUUUAUAAAGCAAAUUAAAAGUUGAAAUGUUCUGCACAAACA